AUGAUGCCACUCAACGUUGAUGAGCUCCUCUGUGGAGGUGUGGAUGACCAACAGUCCAACUUUGGAGGUGCUCAUCAAGAUCCAACCUCACCCGAUCACAGCCAUGACAGCAACUCCUCUGACAAAUUCCACCCUACUGAUCCUAACAACAUCUUUGAUCUUCCACCUAACCGCGGGGAUGUCAAUAUGGCUGGCCCAAUGGCUUUGAAUUCUUUUGACGACAACAUCAAGGAAGUAUGUGCCGAGCUUCAAUCUGAGCUGAAACUUGACCAAGAUCAUUUGAAGAUUGCCAAUAUUGCAUGCAAGGUAUAUGUCUCUGAAGCACCCGAUGCAGCCGUUAUCUUUUUUAAUGGGGCAUAUCACCAACUGGCUGUUUCAAAGAACGUUGGUCUGGCGCAGCGCACCACUUAUACAUGUGAUACAACUUUCAAGGACUUUGUCAGAGAAACUGCUCAGCUGAUCUUGCUUAAGCCGACCAUUGAUGCAUAUUCUAAUAAUCCUCACAGCAAUGGGACAAUUCCAAAUUCUUUGUUCUUCUUAAUGCUGGAUACCCUUGACAGACAGCCCAACAAGUGGAAGCAAGAGCACAUACCGCCACCUGAUGUGAUGGAGACUUUGCAAGGACUUGCCAAUUAUCGUAGAUUAAUUGCUGAUCUCUUAAAGUAUCGACAAAGCUAUCUUUGUGAUAUGCUUCUGUUAAAUACACAGGAGACCAAGAAGAUAAAGGUUAAUGGUCCCAUCCCUAAUCGCAAGGACUUACUAACCAAAGUAGAUAUACAAGAAUCUCCCACCAAAAGGACACAAGCUAACAAAGGCCAAGAUUACGCAACAAGAACGAUUCACAAUGGUUGGACAUUGAUGACCGAUUGCGCAUUCUACGCGGUUCAUCAUAUGCAUUCCAAGAACAUCAUCGUCUUGAACAAAGACUUCGAACUAUUCUCUCACAACCGGUAUUACAAGCAAAUGGACAAGGCCGAGUUCACAGUGCCUACCAUUGAAGAGGUCCAGGCCUCUGUUGACACCGGGAUUGUCCCUGCAAUUCUCCACUGA